AAAUAAAUAAAUGAAAAACUAGCAGCAUAAAUUUGAGAGAAGUGAGAUAUUGAGGCAUGUAUGUAACCAUCGACGUCGCACGGGACUAUAAUCGGGCUCGGUAAAUUAACUGAGACAAUAAUUGAUGGGAGCUACCGAAGACGACGAGUAAAACGUCGUGAUCAGCAACGGGGAACGUGUUUUAUACCAGUGUAUGGUUGGAAGUGUCUCCAGUUUGGUCAGAAACAGUGUGGAGUCAGGCGGCACCAGGCGCGGUUCGUUUCUAGUGCUUAUUAUUAGAUAAAUCUGUUAAUAUUAAGAUUUUAAUUACACAGCUGGGAAUUUAUCCGUUGAGUUAAAUUCCCGCCCGCACAACUGCGCAUACGUCGGGCCAAAUCGUCAAACUAUACAUAUCCAUCCUCGAGUAACGAAGUAACCGUCACAUUUGGGAACCCCCUCCCGAAACCGAACGGACGUAUCUCAAUUCAGUCGAUGAAAUUACAUCGAUACGAACAAGUUCUAGGAAUGUCUGAUAGCGAAUUCAAUCGAGGUUAAGGUGUGCGAGAGAGAGAAUUCCUUUUGGCUUAUAAAAGGCUGGAACGGGGAGUCGGCAUUGCGACGAAAUAGAAGCGUGUGUAACGUUCCCAGGGUGUGACGCGCAGGCGUCGGUACUGCAGGCAUCGAAUUAGGGAACUGCCAAAGUGCCAAGUUUCCACCAGUGGCAGAUGUGUGCGCCUUCUGUGAAGAACAUGGCCACCGCAAGAUUUCGUGUAGCCUACGCUGCCACUCGGGAAGAAGAAUCCGAGUCUUCAUUAAAAAAUGGAAUAUCCGCUCACGCCCCUAUACGAAAUGGAAAACUCAACGGUUACGCAACCCUUCAAAACAACGUUCAACUCCGGAAACGCAAGGCUGCUAAUGAGACUACAAGCUAUCAGGACAAAGAGUCCUUUGAAGACAUAUCCUUUGUGACAGCAGCUCUCAUUCAUUUUGGAUUCUACAUCCUGAUGUUUUUGGGUUUUGUUAAUCAGCUAUUUUUCACUCCAAAAGUAGCUCGGGAACAGAAUAGACAGGGUUAUGCUCCUCUUUAUGACACGUUUGAGGUAUUCUAUCUCCGAUAUGUAUACCGAAGAAUCAGAGAUUGCUGGAAUCGACCCAUUUGUUCAGUUCCUGGGGCAGAAAUUACUCUGAAAGAUCGAGUGACACAUGAUUAUGGAUGGACUUUUGAAUUCACAGGCACUGAGACCAAGUGUAUAAAUUUGGGUUCGUACAAUUAUCUGGGAUUUGCGGAAGCAACAGGCAGCUGCGCAGACCAGAGCAUCGAAACUUUAAAGAAAUAUGGAUCUGGUGUUUGUAGUCCACGUGUGGAAUUGGGUACGUUGCCAAUUCAUAAUGAAUUGGAAAAGUUGACUGCCAAAUUCCUUGGAGUGGAAGAUGCCAUAGUUUUUGGAAUGGGAUUUGCCACAAAUUCUCUGAAUAUACCAUCUCUCAUCAGCAAAGGAUGUCUUGUUCUCAGCGAUGAGAAAAAUCACGCCUCUCUCAUCCUGGGACUUCGUUUGUCUGGAGCUACUUCCAAAGUAUUCAAACAUAACGAUACAAAUCAUCUUGAAAGAUGCCUAAGAGAAGCAGUCGUAUAUGGUCAGCCGGGUAGUGGUGAACCAUGGAAAAAAAUAUUCAUCGUUGUCGAAGGUAUAUAUUCCAUGGAAGGAUCCAUAGUUCAUCUCCCUGAAAUCCUCAAACUCAAAAAAAAGUAUAAGGCUUAUGUGUAUAUGGAUGAAGCUCACAGUAUCGGUGCUACCGGAGCACAUGGAAAAGGUAUCUGUGAUUAUUAUGGAAUCGAUUCUCGGCAAAUUGACAUACUUAUGGGAACUUUCACCAAGAGCUUUGGAUCUGCAGGCGGAUAUAUAGCUGGUAGCAAGGAACUCAUUGAUCAUCUGCGUCUGCACAGUCACGGGCACGCCUAUGCGACAUCGAUCUCGCCUGCGGUGGCACAGCAAAUUAUUACCUCUAUGCGAAUAAUUUCUGGUCUAGAUGGUACCAAUGAAGGACAGAGACGUACGAAACAACUAUCCAGAAAUACUAAAUAUUUCAGACGCAGACUCAAUCAGUUGGGUGUUAUCACUCUCGGCAAUGCAGACUCACCUGUUGUGCCGAUGAUGGUUUACCUUUAUUCAAAGAUAGGAGCUGUUGUACGAGGUCUAACAGCACGUGGAAUUGCAUCGGUUGGCGUUGGCUUUCCGGCCACGCCACUUUUAGCAGGAAGAAUGCGAUUCUGUCUCUCAGCAGCACAUACAAAGGAGCAAUUAGACUAUGUUCUGAAAAAUAUUGAGGAAAUGGCUGAUACAGUGGGGCUUAGAUAUUCAAAGAAACAACGUGAUUACACUCCCAUAGAAUAUUAUUCAGACAGUGAAACUGAAUGACCUACCUCAUAAUCUAAGCUUACCAGUGCAGUUUAAUACUAAAGAGAGAUCACUGUUGUGCCUAACGAAUUUCUUCCCGCUUAAUUCGAGUCGAGAAUAUCGUGGUCAUAAAAAAUCAGGCACAAUUCGUGGACCAAGAAUCCACUAUCUAUACGGAUCCUGUGAAGUAUUAUUUCUCUCAAUCCUGCAACACGAAAAACAGCUAUUGUACCUCACAAGUCUCAAACAGUCCGUUAGGCUAACGUUGCUCUAUAUCUCAACUAAUCGUGAUUUUUUAAGAAAAAAAAACAGCAAAAAAAGAAAUUGGAAAUUCUAAAAGAUAUGGAGUGCUUCAUUUUUAUUUAGACUCUCAUCAUUGUUGACAAUUCAGCGGUGCUAACUGACAGGCUCUGGUGUAGCAUGGUAAGCCUCUUCAUAGGUAAAUCACAAUGUGCAGGCACAAGCGAUUGCCUAUAAGCAAGGUCAUGCGAGAUUGUCCUUCUAACACAGGCUGGCUGUCUGCAUCUUUUUUGAAACACAAAUUUGCAGGACUCCUUAUUUGAUGUGGCAUGUAGGUGUACAGAUGCAACAUCGAGCGAAAUCAAAGUAAAAUAACGAAAACGUAAAGAGACGCUAGUAUUCUAAUACUGAUAUUAUAUUGAGAAAUUGUAACCAGUGGUCAUACCAUCUUCGCAGCUGUACAUAUAGUUGACUACCUAUACAUAGUAGAGUUAAUGUCUGCGGAAGUAAAAUCGACUAUUAUUAGUAACUUUUCAUGGGUAUUUUAACAAGUAUUUCCAAAGCCACAAUCACAAGCCUUUCAAGGUUGGUGGCAGCAUAUCGUGAAAUAGAUGUUUGAUAAGUACAAGAUUACUCUAUAACAGGCUAAUAACGAAUAGAAUAUCGUUUAUGCUUUGUACUGUAACAGUUGACCGAUGAAAAGAAUGUCGUUUCUAGUUAAGAUGGGACACGGCCAGUUUUGCAUUUUAUUUCAAAAUGAAUCUCGAAAUCGGCAGACUUUGAAUACUAAGGAGAAAUUCAAACUAUGUUAAAUCGGUUAAAAAGAAAUAACUUUCUGAUGUAGGGUACCAUUUCAUUCGUACUUCCAUAUUUUUACAUGCCGUCAAUAUUCUGAGUGGCAGUGACCUUAACAAUCAGUGGAAGCCCUGUACCUGGAAUCUUAACUUUUGGUAUAAAAACAAAGAAAUGAUAACAGUAAGAACCCAAGUUUUCGACUGUUUCACGUCAGUUCAAAAGAGUUUACAGAUUCAAAGUCGUUAAUUUAGUUCUCAUUCAGCUUUUUAUUAGCCUCAUAUUCUUCGUAUUAAUCUGAUAUGCACUCAUGCAUCACAAUAUUCCAAAACUGAUUUUGAAGAACAGAUUUGAGAAAAAUGCAACUGAUUGUCUUGGUUACCUCAUCGUAAGUCAAAUCAGUAAUUCAAGUUUGUAUAGUAAUGAAAGCAGAGCAUUGAUAUAGUUUGUGAGUGACCGACAGUGUCAGCAAAGCUCUCAGUACACUUAACGUUGCCUUAUACUAGAGAUGUACACGGCAUGGUACAGUGCAACUUGUUAAAGAUUAGUAGUCGUAGAUAUUGUAUACCACGUAUUUAUAGAUAGACACAACAGGAAGACAGCUCCUUCUUCCACUACUGGCUAUAGCUUUCUUGUACAGAGAAACAGCUAUAGCUACGCACACUCACGUGGUUUAAAUAACUUUAAAAGAAUCCUACCAUACAGCUGAAAAGAGAUUCUACUUUUUCCAGGCAGCAAAUCACUUUCAAAUUUGCUAUACUUGCGACUGCCGGGUUUCAAAAGAUUUUAAAUCCUCUUCAGAACUUUUCUUUCGAUCGCUAUGAAAUAGAUUGCAGUUACAAGCAUUCAAAUAGUCUUUGAAGUUUAUAGCCUGAUCUUCUCCAUACUUACUAUUACUGUUGAGGUUUCGUAAUCACAGUGACACAAUAUAGUAUUGGCUUUGUAGUAUAGUCUUCAGUCUCAUAAAAUCUCGUCGAAUAUCUUUAUUACGUCACAAACGUUUAAGAAAUCUGAUUGAUUCAGUUUUAUAUUUUUUACACUACAUUAUAAUUCUAUUAUUUUUGUAUCCAUUACAGGAAAAUUUUUCACUGUUCCAUAUUAUCAAUGUUUUUUUUUUUAUUUGAUUGUAUUUAUUUCACUCAUUACCACUAUGUAUCUUGAAUCUGCAUUGCACUCAUCAUAAUCUCAUACUACAAAUCAUUAAAAAUAAUUAACUAUCUUUUAAUAGUUAUCUUAUUACUACUUAAAUUUAAGAACUAAGAUCAUAUCAAACUAUUGGCAAUUUAAAGAUGUCGCAAAACUUUGGGCGAAUAGAAUUUUCUUCUUACACCUAUACAGAAAUAAAGGUACUUGUUUCAUAUCAACUGGAUGCAUUAUAGAUGCAUUGAAACUAGAAAGAACAUCAUUCGAUGUUCAUAUUUAAUUGGAGUACAAGUGUAUGAAGAAGGGUUAAUCAUUACAGAUUAUUUUUUAGACGAACAUGUAUCUAGUUUAAUCCUCAAUGCACUUCACAGCCCCCUGCAAGGAAGUGGCAUUACUUUUGACAUUAUCGUACCAUGAUGUACACGAAUAGAUAUGCAUCUGUGAUAAUUUGGUACCGAUUAAGCUCUAUUAGUGAACCAAUAUUUACAAUCCACUUGCUAAGCCAGCUAAGCUAACUUUAAACUUUCAGCUUCUUAAUACUGCACGCAUUAUUUACAAGAUUUCAGAAAAAUUCGGAAAUCAUGUCAUUCUUGAUAUGUUGGAUAUUCUUUGCAUACUAGACACUUGACACAUUUCUCUACCCACUAUUAUUGACUCAAGAAUCGUACAUAGAAGUAGGUUCAAUAUUAUACCAUAUGUGUCUACCAUCUAUACGACUAUUUCGGAAAAGAUUUUAAUUGAAGAGAGUACCAUGUGAUAUCAGUUCAAAAAUAUCUGUAAGAUGUCAACUUCCUUGUGAAGUGCCCACUAUGACACACAUAUCUUUCCAUCUCAAUAUUUGGGUACGUUUUUCCAAGUCAACACAUUCCUUCUUACCACAAUUUUAUUUUUGUAAUAAUUAUUAAUUGGGAUAAAAAUUGUACGUACAAAAUGCUA